AUUUUUCCCUGGUCCUCCCCAUUUCCUUGAGCGAGUGGCUUUCCAACCAAAGCUUCGUGUGGGAGGCUUCAUGUUGGCAUCCAGAGUACAUGUCCCAAAUAUGUCCAGACCCACCUUCUGAUCGUAGUGCAGAGGAGCUCCUGACAGAUGACAGUAGCUGUCCUCCUUCAAUACUGAGGAAAAGACCACCUGUGAACCAAGCUGUGGGGCAAAAAAGGAAAGCAGAGAGAAGGGUUCGAUUUCGUGAGCCAGAAGAAGUCAUUGAACAUGUUAUUUCCUGCUGUGACUACGUAGUGGUGCAUGACAGGUCAUCAUCUGGAUUGCCUGUGCUCCUGGGGCUCUCCUUUUGCGCUGUGCUGAUCCUGGCUGUGAGUCUCUACUACACCAGCAUGAAGCAAGACACCAAAGUCCUGGAGGAGUUUCAAUCCCGACUUGUUAUCUUCUUUCUUCAGAUAAGACACGUUGCUCAUAAAUGCUGGACUUGGUUUAUGAGGCAGUAGCGAUGUCCUCCAUCUGCAGUAAGCCUGACAGACAUCUCAGAGCACUGGUAAUCAUCAUACAACAGAGCAAAGCUCCCUGUCAACUCAGUCCCCAUGCAAGGAACACAUGAGCAUCCAACUCAAAGAACAAGAAAACCACCCCUCUUGUGCACUUUCUAGCAGCUACUUGUUCUCCUUUCCUUUCUUCUUUUUCCUUAAUGUUACUGAAUGAUAAUACUAGCACCAAGAGGUCCCACCAAACUGAUGCUCCAUCAUCCUUAACAGCAAACAAGUGCCUGAGUUUUGUCCCCCAAAGAGCUUAUAAACUGCUGUUGUAAGGAGCAGAGGCAUAGAGAGAAAUUCAUUGAUCUG